UCGCGUCUCGACGAUUGUCGGGCUGGUGGGUCACUCCAGUUUCGCGCUUUGGGAUCGUUGGGUGGGCGUCGACUCGACUAAAAGUGAUAUAAAGGCCGGCGCUUCACCGUUCACUUGGGCGAGGCGAGACCAGCAGAAUGGCGAGUUCGGCCGUGGACGUUUCCCAAUUCGAUCACACUCCUUAUUACUGUGAGGAGAAUGUCUACUUUCUUUGUAAGAACUUAUGUGCAAAUGGAAUGGCUCAACCUGAUGGAUCAGACCUUUAUAUCAUCUUCAUUUCUAACGACAAGAAGCAGACUGCACUGUGGCAUCAGAAGGCCAGCAAAUUCACGGAUGGACUUGCACUCUGGGAUUAUCAUGUCAUCUGUGUUCAGAGAAAAAGUGACUCCUCUAUUGUGGUGUGGGAUCUGGACUCUGCCCUCCAGUUUCCUUCUCCCUUGGCUUUCUAUGUUUCAGAAACUACACGACCCUGGUUUCAGCUGUUCCCUGAGUAUCAGAGGUUCUUCCGCAUUGUGCAUGCUCCAAUAUUUCUACGUUACUUUGCAUCUGAUAGGAGACAUAUGAAAGAACCUGAUGGGACCUGGCAAGCUCAACCUCCAGCAAAUGAUCCAAUUGUUGCUGAAGAUGGGACAGUGCACAAUCUGAAUGAAUACAUUGAGAUUAGAGCUGCAGAUGCUGUUGAAAAUGUGGACGGCGAGAUGAUCGAUACAGUUCACUCUGACAAACUUGGCAUUGUUGUCAAAGAAACUCAGUUGGAGCAAUUCUUUACACAUAUUACAUGAUGUAUGGCUGAGUUCUUUUGUUCAAGAAGGCUCCUGGUACAGGUUGGACAAUUUCACCCUUUUGAUGGCAUUGCGUGGAUUCAGAUGCUAGCAGUGCACUUAUGAGUGGACUUGCUAUUGUUAAGUAGACAGAGUUGGCGAGUUUAAUUCUUGGGAGUGUUGCAAUGUGGAUGAGUGUUGGACUACAUACCCCAAACUGGGUUAAAUGUAGGCGAAAUUGAGUUUCUCCAUGAGGUUGGGUUUGGUUUCUUUGUGUUUUUCCUGUCAGGGUUGAAAUCCAGUAUCCUGGUAUACUGAAAAUGUAUUAUCAAACCUCUGCUUGUAGCUUUAUCGAAUGGAUUACACCAUGAAUACCAUUUGCUCGU